UCAUCGUCCACCAUCCUGUCGGAGGAAACAACUAAAAGCCAAAAGGCCUGGCGUCGGAAAAUGUCAACUCGCAUCGAUGCUUUAGUUUUUUGGGCAUGUAGCGCAAGAAUUAUGUGGUGCUUUUUCUAUCGUCCCAACAGACUACCUCGAUCUUAUGUCAAAUGGAUAAUGUCACUUGCUAACGUUGAUAAACGGCUACUGCGCGCGCUUCGUGUCCUUCGCACUGGAGAAUGGUCCUAUAUUCGCGGUUCCUCUGACUAUGGACAUCUCCUUACCUCUUACUCCAAGGAUCUCGGCCAUCCUACCGCAUGGGGAGAUCCCCAUGUCCUACCUGCAUAUGGGGGAUCGAUGGCAGAUGCAGUCUGGAAGAAUCUAGGUGUACAAGGCAGAGACGGUAUUGGUGGGUUACCGUGUGAGUUAGUACAUGCCGGUGUCGCAGCAAAGUGGGGACUUGGUGAGAGUUGUGGUAUGAAUGCAGUCGUCAGGGCUGUGUAUGCGUUCAUUGAAGCAAUGGCAAUCUAUGUCCCUGUCCAUUUUCUACCUAUCCUUUUAACUCAGCCACGUUCCCUCCUUCGCAUCCAUCGCGUCAUUCCUGCCUUACUUUCCGCGAUGCGCAGUUCAGCAUUUCUUUCUACCUUCGUCUCUUCCUAUUGGCUUUCUGUGUGUAUCACACGUACUCUCCUGUUCGCGAGGCUCUUUCCCUGGAUCUCACACGAUAUCUGGGAUGGAGCGUUUGGAUGCGUCCUCGCUGGAUCCCUGACCUGUGGUGCCAGCAUCUGGAUAGAAAAUGGACAUCGAAGAGGGGAAAUUUCUCUCUAUGUCUUACCUAGAGCUCUCAGAGCAUCUCUUCCCUCCCGCUGGAUCAAAGGUGGAAAUAGAGGUGCAAGAAUCGUGGAACGCAUGAUAUUCAUCCUUUCCCUUGCUUCACUGCUGACAACCGCCUCACAUCGGCCAGAUGUCUUGCGUGGUUUAUCUCGCUGGGCUUUUGCAUUUAUCAUGAAAAAACCAAGAGUUGACACCGGAGAAAGUAAUGAAAGGCAAAUCGCCGCAUACCCCCCUGCAACGGAAUCUGCUAUACCGGAACAUGCGAUAUCCUCUCUGCUCGAACAUUAAUCUGGAAACACUAAAUAUUUUGCGGACAUGUAAUGCCUGGUUGUCGAGUGAGCAAGAAGUUUCUAUUUCUAGUAUCGUACUUCCGCUACACUACACUCACAUUUUGUCUUUACAUCAAAAAUUUACAUUAUAUGCGGCCUCAAAUAUCUCUCAUGGAUAAUACGAGUAUGUGGGUUUCUUGU